AUGACUUCUUUGGAUUCAGGAAUUGAAACGAAUAACAAUUCACUCGAUUGUUCAAUCGUCCAAAACCAAAAUUUGACGACGGAAGAAAUUAACAAUGUCAGUUGCUCCAAUUCAGCUUCCGCAAUAACAACCAAUAACGAACAAAGUGAAACAGAAGAAGUUAAACCGGAUAUAUUUCAUAACAAAUUUAAUUCGGAUUGGUCUGUUUGUUUAUCAAACAUACACGGUGAUAUUCCAAAUUCUAUACCAACAAGUAGUUCUUUACCACGGAUUGAUGUACCUCCUGUUUUUUGCAAAUAUGAAUAUAAAUCACCCGUGUUUCAACCUCACAAAUACAAAUCACCCAUGUUUCAACCUUAUAAAUAUGAACCACCUAUGUGGAAACAAUAUGUUAACAAAAUAAAAUUUGUCAGUAAAAGUCAACGUCUUGUUUCUGUGUUUGAUGUUCAUACUCGUCUAAUUGAACAUAGAAUGAGAAUGGCAGCAGCUACAAACAACACUAUUAUGAUGAGAAACCUCUUAAAUUUUGGUAUUUCACCUAAUUGUUGUGAUAUACAAGGAAGAACUCCUCUUCAUCUUGCCUCUUGCAGAGGUUAUACGGAAAUGGUUCGUUUGUUAUUACAAUAUGGUGCAGAUCCUAAUAUUCGUGAUUCCGUAGGCAAUACGCCAUUACAUUUAGCAGCUGUAACAAGUAAAAUAUCUGUAGUAACACUACUUUUAAAUGCAGGCACAAAUCCCUUGUGUUUGGAUCAAUAUGGUUACAACCCGUUACACUUAGCACAAACAAAAUUAAAAUUAUUACAAAAUUGUAAAGGAGAGGAUAUGGUGAAAAUCAAAGAGGAAGUACAGAACAUAGUUAGCAUGUUGUUGGCAUAUUUACAAAAACAUAAAGAUACUCAUAAAAGGAUGGAAACCUUGAGUAGCUUGUGUUCACGUUUAUCUUUAUCAAAUGUGUCUAAUCAAGUUCAAGAUGAUGUAAAAGAUUUGUUGGCUAAUUUAGAUACUCUAUCUAUAACACAGUAAUCAUUUAUUUGCUUUAACAAACUAUUAAUUUUACGUAUUGCGUAUAAUACUAAAUCAUUAAAUCAAGUAUGUUGGUUUAUUGCUGUAUUAUAUGCCAACGUGAAAUUUUAUUACUUUUUUUCAUUAUUUAAUCAGUUUAGUAAUAAUUUAAUCAGUUUAAGUAAUAAGCGCUAAAUAAUUAUAUAAUUUUAAACAUAUAAUACAAUUUUACAAAUAUUAUAAAUUAUACAAAUAGUGUUAGAGCAAAAGAAUAAGGUUUAUUUCAAAUUUCUGUAGCAAUGUUUUUUUUAUAAGAUUAAAAAAUUAUGCUUUAUAUUGUAGUUUUGAAGUUUAUAAAACUGCAAAUACAGUGUAAUAAUAAAAGCUGUAAUUUUACUGUUUAUAGCUAUUGAUAAAAUAAUAAAAUUGCUAUAAAUUUAUUUUUAUAAAUUUUGAAAAUUUGUAUAUCUUCUACAUCAUAUAUAUAUGACACAUAUAUACUUAUGUACAUUAUUGCAUUAGUUAAUUUUUUCAGUAAUUUCUUUUUAUACUAGUAUUUUUUUUAAGUUUAUCUUCUAUUUUUUUAGAUUUUUUAAAUUUUCAAACGAUAUAAAAUAACGAACGUAUAAAAGUAGACUGCAAAAUACAACAUAUACUUUUUACUUCCGUCCUGAACUGUUUUUUCAGAUUAUAUAUUUUAAAAAUUUUGGGUGAAUACAUUAGCCAAUGAAUGAAAUAUGUUCUUUAAUGCGUUUGUAAAAAAGUUGUGCUCUUACUUACCUUCAUAAAUUAGAAAAAGAAUCUUAAAGUGCAUUCCUAAUAAAUUUUUUUAAAAUAUUUUGAUUCAUAUAUAUCGUUAAAACUUUUACUAAUUUCUCAACAGUUAAUCAGUUUUGUUAAAUAUUGCAACUAUUGUUAUAUAUAUUCUUUCACUUUCUUUGCAGCCUUAGUAUCAAGUAUUGGAAUUACAUAAAUGUAUGAAUCAGUAAAUAAUUAUAUAUAUCUUUUAUUUUGAUCUAUUUUGAUCUAACUAAAACUGAGUGGUAUUCAAUGUUCAAAAUUGAACAUAAUUAAGAUUUAGGUGUAUAUGUAAUUUGUUAUAAUUUCUAAAUCUCUAAAAAUAAUUUCAUUAAAUGAAAUUUUUGCUUGACUGAUAUACUAUUUUUUAUUCUUAUAUGAUAUUGAAAAGAUAGUGAAAGUAGAUGUAAUUUUUCAAAUAUGAUAUAAAAAUUGAUAUAAAACGAGUGAAUUGUAUAUCAAGUACGCGUUAAAUAUCAAUAUCGGGAUUAGUGUGAUUUUUCAAGUGUGUUUUUAAAAAUUAGAUUCUGUGUGAUACCAAUUUUGCUAUGAUAGGUGUACAAUUUAUGAUCAUGAUACUUUAGGGAUAGAAUUGACAAUCGUGAAGGAUCAUGUUUGUAUUGCCUAUAUAAACUUGUGAGCAAUUUAUGUAACUACUUUAUAUAUGAACUGUAAAUAAGAAAUUUUUUUGUUAGCAGUACUUAUAGCAAAUAAAAAAAAUAUCUUAUUUCAUAGAAAUUUAUGGUCUAACUUUCCUUGCGUUUAAGCCACCUCAAAUAUAUUAUUUUUCUUCCCGACUCUGAUAUAUAUUACAAUUUCUUUUUUUCUUUUUGCUUGUAACUUUCUUAUAGUUAUAUCCAUAUAACAAUAUAUACUGCAUUGAUAAAAUCAUUGUUGUUUGAGAUUGAAUGAAAUUUGUUUUGAUUAAUUGAACUAAAAGAAACUUUAUAGUCAUUUUCCUUAUAUCAAUAUUGAAAUAAAUAAUAAACUAGAAUUUUAUUUUUUAUAUUCGCAAUCUUAUAAAUAUGUUAACGUUUUUAUAAAUAAUAAAUAUUUUAUGAUCAACUUUUAUACUGUCCCCGUAAAAUACAGAUCUUAUCAUAAGAUCAUAAGAUCUUUUUAUACAACUUCUAUAACUAUUCGUAGAAUUAUGAAGAUAAUUCAGUAAAUAUUUAUAUUGGUACAUUCUCUAACAUCUUACGCUGAUUACUACAAACAUAUAAUUUCUAGGUCAUAGAAAUUAAAUCAAUUUUAGACAAACUACGAUGAUUUUGUGUAAAGAAAUUUAUUAUCAUCUCUAUAUUCUCUAUCAUAUUAAAUAACUUUCAUUAUUUUCGAAAAUAUUAACGAUCGUUCCGCUGAAAAAUAGCGGAAUAACAAAAAUUAAUAUUGUACAUACAUAUUAAUCUCAUCGAUGAUAAAUCAAAUUUUUUUAUUUUCAGCGGCACAAUUUAGUGUUUUUCUAAGAGUAUACGAAAAUUUAACAUUCUUUCUUUCUUUUUAUAACAAUAUACAAUUAUUUGCUUUAUUUUUAAUAAUACAAUAUAAUAAUAAAGAUAAAUUAACAGAAGUGAAAAAAAUUAUAAAAAAAUUAUGUUCAACAGAAUUACAUUUGUUAAAAAUUUGGGGAUAAAUAUUACAUAAACAGAAAUUUUAUUUAGUGUUUUGUAUCUUAAUUUGAAAAUCCUUACUAGUCAUAUUUCUACAAAAGAUGUAUGUAUUUAUAAAAUAAUUAUUUAAUUAUUAUAGUUGUCAUUAAAUUUUUAA